CUUUUAUUUUGAAGUGUGUAGUGUUCCGGUGACCAGCUGCGAUCAUGCCGACAGUCAGCGUGAAGAGAGAUCUGCUCUUUGAAGCUCUGGGACAGAAAUAUACUGAUGAAGAAUUUGAUGAACUAUGUUUCGAGUUUGGCCUCGAGCUGGACGAAAUCACAUCAGAGAAGGAGAUCUUGAGCCGUGAGCAGGGAGAUGAGAAGGCAGAAGGAGCGUCUGAUGUCGUGCUGUAUAAGAUCGAUGUGCCAGCAAAUCGCUAUGAUCUCCUGUGUCUGGAGGGUCUCGUCAGGGGUCUGCAGGUCUUCAAGGAGAAGUUGGAAGCUCCCCGGUACAAGCGUGUGAGUCCGGCGGACGGAGGAGAGCCUCAGCGGCUGCUCAUAACAGACGAGACGGCGUCUGUGCGGCCGCAUGCUGUAGCAGCUGUACUGCGCAACAUCAGCUUCACUCAGGAACGAUACGAGAGCUUCAUAGAGCUGCAGGAGAAACUGCACCAGAACAUCUGCAGGAAAAGGACCCUGGUUGCGAUAGGAACUCAUGAUUUGGACACCAUCUCCGGUCCAUUCACAUACACAGCCAAACCUCCCGGCGAGAUCCGCUUCAAACCGCUCAAUCAGAGCAAAGAGUACACCGCCGCUGAGCUCAUGAGUCUCUAUAAGACUGACAGUCAUCUGAGACACUACCUCCACAUCAUCGAGAAUGAACCUCUCUACCCCAUCAUAUACGACAGUAAUGGAGUCGUCCUGUCUAUGCCUCCGAUCAUCAACGGGGACCACAGCAAAAUCUCAUUAAACACAAAGAACAUUUUCAUCGAGUGCACGGCCACAGACCUCACAAAGGCGAAGACCACGCUGGACAUGGUAGUGACCAUGUUUAGUGAAUACUGUGAGGAACGGUUCACGGUUGAGGAGGCAGAGGUUGUCUAUCCUGAUGGCAGAUUGUGUGUGUAUCCCGAGCUGGCAUACAGGACGGAGAAGCUGUCUGGGGACUUCAUCAACAAAAGAGUUGGGAUCAGUGAAUCGGCAGAAAGCAUCGCUCAGCUGCUGACCCGGAUGUGUUUGAGGUCCGAGGUCAGCGGCGAGGGCGGUCUGAUCCAGGUUGAGAUCCCGCCCACACGCUCUGAUGUCAUCCACGCCUGUGACAUCAUGGAAGACGCCGCCAUAGCGUACGGCUUCAACAACAUCGUCAGGAGCACGCCGCGCACAUACACCAUAGCCAAUCAGCUCCCUCUAAAUAAGCUGACAGAGCUACUGAGGCAAGACCUCGCGGCCGCUGGGUUUACUGAAGCGCUGACAUUCGCUUUGUGCUCCGAAGAGGAUAUCGCAGAUAAACUCAGGAAAAACAUCGCAGAAACCAGAGCAGUCCACAUCUCCAACCCAAAGACCGCCGAGUUUCAGGUGGCGCGCACCUCUCUUCUCCCGGGACUCCUGAAGACGAUCGCUGCCAACAGGAAGAUGCCCCUUCCUCUCAAACUGUUCGAGAUUUCAGACGUCGUCCUGAAGGAUGAAACAAAAGACGUAGGAGCCCGUAACAACAGACGUCUGUGUGCCGUUUACUACAACAAGAGCCCGGGAUUUGAAGUCAUCCAUGGACUUCUGGACCGGGUCAUGCAGCUACUAGACGUCAAACCGGGCCGUAAUCAAGGAUACCACAUCCAGGCGGCCGAGGACUCCACCUUCUUUCCCGGCCGCUGUGCUGAGAUCUUUUCAUGUGGCAAAAGCAUCGGACACCUCGGGGUCCUUCACCCUGAUGUCAUCAGUCGCUUUGAGCUGACUAUGCCCUGCUCAGCCAUCGAUAUCGACAUCGAACCCUUCCUGUGAUGUCAUAAUGCAAAUAACCUUAGCCACACCCCUCCGCUUUAGGCUCCUCCCAGCCAUACAUUACUGUCACGUCUAUCUUUUGGAAAAUGAGUAAUAGCCCCAUCAGCAUGUGUUACUGUAUGUUCAGGGUAAAAAUCUAUGUUUUAAUAAAACUCAACUUGUCCACUGCUAGUAUGUUAUUCAAUGUAUUAAACAUCAUGACUGUCUGUUUGUGUCCAGCACAUCACAGACACAAAUAAAUAUGGAUGAAUGCAACAAA